AUGGAAGCGGUUGGUCUUGCAGCAAGUAUCAUUGCCAUCACUCAGUUAUCCAGCAAACUGCUCUCUAUAACCUAUAAUUAUAUCAGCAACUUCCAAAAAGCACCAAGAGAUAUCAAAAACCUAGCCAGCGAGUUACACGCCCUCGUAGGGGUUCUUGACAACCUAAAGGAUUAUUUAGACGCAAAUCCUUCGUCUCCAGCUCUACAGAAGCUUGCAGGAAAUGGUGGGCCGAUCGAAGUAUUCACCGAGGAGAUGAAUGCACUCCAUCGCAAAUUCAGUGCAAUCGACUCUUCAAAGCUUACUGCGAAGCUUGGCUGGCCUCUCAAGGAUAAGGAUAUCACGCAGACACUCUCAAGUGUUGAGCGACAUAAGACGGUUUUUAUUUUUGCUAUGAAUGUAGAUCAAUUAUCAUUAUCAAAAGCGAUAGAAGUUUAUUUUAUUGAUAUUAAGAAGGCAGUUGAAUAUAUUAAUACGUGUGUUAAAGGCACAGCUCCCGCAGUGCAGGAAAUUAAGGAGGACGUUAAGAACACAGCUACUACGGUUCAGGAAAUCAAGUCUGAUGUGGGGGGUACCAAUGUAGCUAUUCAGGCCCUUCAGUCUACCCAAGACGCGGAAGCUCGUUUAAAGGUAUUGAACUGGUUAUACCCAGAGUCUUUUGAAACAAGGCACCUCGAUAUCAGCAGAAGGCGGCGGGAAAGAACCGGAGAAUGGCUUUUAAAAUCUCCCGAGUUUUGUGAAUUUGUCAGUAAUAACCAAAAUUCACCGAUACUAUGGGGCUACGGCAUUCCUGGCGCUGGCAAGACUUUUUUGAGUUCUGCGGUUAUCAAACUUACAAAGGCAGCAAAUGGGAUGUUUCUACUAGUACACUUCCAUAUUAAUCUCAUCUGUCAACAGACAACACCCAGAAAACUCAUGGCUGAGCUUGAAAGGCUUACACUCGAUGGCUCGAGAUCAAAAAACAAUCCCUUGGAUCCCACCUAUGAUAGAGCUAUAGAAUCGAUCCGUUCUCAGCCCGCAGAUUUUGAGCUGGCAAAAAGUAUCUUUACCUGGCUCGUGAAGGCUCAGAGAACUCUUACCGUCGACGAGAUUCAGAUUGCGGUAUCUAUGGAACCCGAUAUCCGUGAGCUUGAAGAAGAUGAUUUACCAAGCAAAAAGACUCUUCUUGACGCUUGCGCUGGGCUAGUGGUAAUUGAUGAGAAAAGCGGGAUAGUGCGUCUUGCGCAUUACACUGUUCAGGAAUAUCUAUUGAGAGUCCUUCUGAUUCCUGAGGAGGCCAAUCUAUAUAUUGUCACAUCUUCUAUAUCAUUUCUCAUGCUCGAUAUAUUCGGUGGUAAAGCUAACAGCUGGCCUGAAUAUGAUAUAUUUGGUCGUAAGGCUAAAAUUAAUUACUGGAAAUAUAUACCCUACGGUUCUAGGGCUGCAGUCGACAGGGAAGAUGAGAUCUCCAGUUCAGAGACUAUCUUCCAAUGGCCUGAAGAUGAUUUCCCCUUCUUAGGAUAUAUAGUCACGCAGCUACCGUUUCAUCUAAGGCAAUGUGAUGAAAACUGGACAACUGAACUCAUCCUUAAACUCUUCGAAGACCAGCAUAGGGUUGAGCUUUAUUCGCUGACAAGAAGUGUUUAUCUCCGGGACCGCACGAUAGAAGUGUAUGGUUGGCACUUCAACGGACCCGUGCCUAAGCAAUCGCAAUUGCAGUUGUUAUCCAUAAUAGGACAUUUCUCGGCGCUUCGAAUUGCCCUCGAACAAGAGGAUGAUGUCAUGAGAAGAUACGAUGGAUAUACCGCACUGCAUUUUGCAGCGAAUGAAGCACACGUUAGAGUGGCCCGACUGCUCAUCGAUCAUGGUGCAGAUGUCUCCGCGGAGGACUGGGACCAGAAAACACCGCUACAUAAGGCAGCGGAGGGGGGACACCUAGAAAUAGCCCGACUGCUCAUCGAUCAUGGUGCAGAUGUCUCCGCGGAGGACGAGGACCAGAAAACACCGCUACAUAAGGCAGCGGAGGGGGGACACCUAGAAAUAGCCCGACUGCUCAUCGAUCGUGGUGCAGAUGUCUCCGCAAAGGACGGGGACCAGGAAACACCGCUGCAUCUGGCAGCGGAGGGGGACCUAGAAAUAGCCCGACUGCUCAUCGAUCGUGGUGCAGAUGUCUCCGCGAAGGACUGGCAUCAAACAACACCGCUGCAUCUGGCAGCGGAGGGGGACCUAGAAAUAGCCCGACUGCUCAUCGAUCGUGGUGCAGAUGUCUCCGCGAAGGACUGGGACCAAAGAACACCGCUACAUGGGGCAGCGGAGGGUGGACACCUAGAAAUAGCCCGACUGCUCAUCGAUCGUGGUGCAGAUGUCUCCGCGGAGGACAGUUAUCAAAAAACACCACUAUAUAAGGCACUGGAGUGGAGCCACCUAGAAAUAUCCCGACUGCUCAUCGAUCGUGGUACAGAUGUCUCCGCGGAGGACGGGUGCCAAAGAACACCUCUAAAACUAGCCGAAAUACUUGUUCAAAAUACACAGCAUAAUCCCACCAGAAAGCGGGAACACCCAGAAGAAUCAGAGCAGUCGGAAGCUCGCAAACGGCGCACGUUGCUCGAAAACAGACCAAGCCCCGAUGGUCAGUCGAGCAAUGUACUUCCCUCGAUAGACAGCGUUAUGGAUAUGGGUUGGUGGUGA